AUGGACAUCGAUCCUCAGCCCUCCCAGAAUGCCCAGCUCAAGCGCAAAGCCAGGCCAGUGUCUGGGUCCCUGAAGAAAAAAACAAAGGUCCAGCACAGGACCCUUGAUACCCUGCCGUGGCAAUCCAUCCAGCGACCUCUCGACACCGGCCUCGAUGGAGACGAAGGGGUACUUGAGCUUGAAGAGGUGGAUGACGUCGAAAUCGUCUACGAGGACACCGAAAAUGGCCGCGUUCUCAAGUUUAACGUAUCGAGGGAACACGGUCCUAACGUGAAACCAAAAGAUGACCAGACUGCGUCGUAUCUCGCGUCGGUCAAGUUCGACAGUAAGCCCAUCUGCACUUUUUUCCAUAGAAUCCAGCGCUCACACUGUACCCCCUUCCCAGGCGCCCUCCUCCCAAGUUGGCGACCGUUCAAGCUUCACCCACACCUGCUUCAAGUCCUGCACUCCAAAAACUUCAAAUCGCCCACCCCCAUCCAAUCCAACUCUCUCCCAAAAGCCAUAGCCGGAAAGGACAUCGUUGGUGUCGCAGAGACCGGCUCCGGCAAAACCCUCGCGUACGGCCUCCCCAUCCUCCAACACAUACUCACCUCCCCUCGGCCAGUACUAUCCACCGAAUCAGGAUCGAGUAAGCGCCAGUUGCGCGCGCUCGUCAUCACGCCGACUCGCGAACUUGCUCUUCAGGUCGCGGACCACCUCAACAUCUUCGCACGGGCCAUCGCAGACGCAGCAGUCAAGCGGGAGGAGGGCGAUGAACCAGAUCUAUCCGCCCCUUCAAAGAAAAAGAAAUCAAAUGGCAAACCCAGCGACAAUGAAGCGGGCUCGGGCCCCCCUCUCGUGAGCAUCGCCGCGAUUGUUGGUGGGAUGUCUGCCCAGAAGCAGCGGCGCCUGCUCGAUCGUGGCAUAGAGGUGAUGAUCGCAACACCUGGUCGGCUGUGGGACGUACUCGCAGAGGACGAAGACCUCGCGCGGCAGGUGUCCGCGCUCGAUUUCCUUGUGCUCGAUGAAGCCGAUCGGAUGAUCGAAACCGGGCAUUUCGCCGAGCUCGACAAUAUACUUCGGCUCACUAUUCGCCAAUCUGAAGAAGAUCAGAUUGAGCCUGAGCAUGAGGGCGGUUCGUCCGGUGACGAGGGGGACAACGAUCAGUCUGGAAAUGCUGGUACCGUCGCCGGGGCCACGCCAUCUAUUGCAGGCACGAAUCAAGAAAACGGAAUGCGGACAUACGUAUUCUCCGCAACGCUGAGCAAGGAUCUUCAGCAGAACCUCAAAAAGCGCCGGCGCCCGAAAGUGGGGAAGAAGGCGAAACAGAAGCCUGCCAGCACGCUCGACGACCUGGUCCUCCGGCUUGACUUCCGUGACCCCGAGCCGGAAAUCAUCGACCUGAGCCCGCAGGGCGGCGUCGUUUCCAGUCUCAAAGAAAGCAAGAUCGAGUGCCUGGUGACGGACAAGGACGUCUAUCUGUACUACUUCCUCCUUCGUUAUCCUGGACGGACACUCGUCUUCCUCUCUUCGAUAGAUGGUAUUCGGCGGCUCGCACCGCUGAUGGAGCUGCUCGGGCUGCCUGCGUACCCGCUGCAUUCGCAGCUUGAGCAGAGGCAGAGGCUCAAGAAUCUUGAUAGGUUCAAACAAACACCAAAUGCGGUGCUACUGGCGACAGACAUAGCCGCGCGUGGACUGGACAUACCAUCCGUAGACCACGUCAUCCACUACCAGAUCCCGCGCACGGCGGACGUGUUCGUGCACCGGAGCGGCCGCACAGCGCGCGCGAUGCGCGAAGGCUUUUCGCUACUCAUGAUCGCGCCCGACGAGCGACGCACCGUGAAGCUGCUCUUCCGCUCGCUGGACCGCAACGAGGACGAGGUGCUGGAGAUGAGCGUCGAGCUCGCGCUGCUGGACAAGCUCAAGGAGCGCAUCCGCGUCGCGCGGCAGAUCGAUGCGCAGCAGCACAAGGUGAAGAAGGAGAACCACGAUCGCAAGUGGAUGAAGGAGGCGGCGGAUGCGAUGGAGAUCGAGCUUGAUUCGGACUUUAUGAGUGCGUCUGAGGAUGAGGGUCGGCCCACGAAACACGUGCAGAAGAAGGCGAGCGGGAAGACGGCAGCGCUGAAGGCUGAGCUGAAAGCGUUGUUGGCGCAGCCGCUGGUGGCUAAGGGCGUCUCGACGAGCUAUGUCACCUCGGGCAGCCGACCUAUCGCGGCGGAUUUUGUCGCUGGCGACUGUGAGUAG